GCGGUCCCUCCCUCCCUCCUUCCACCCCGGAGCGGCGCAGCCAUGCGGGUGGGCAGCUGGGCGCGGGGAGUUACGCACCGCGUGACGCUGUGCGGGGGCACGGAGCGGCGGUGCCGGCGGCUGCUGGCGGAAGGGGCGGCGGGGGGAGGCGCGGAGGCCGGGGCGGCCGUGCUGGUGCCGCUGUGCUCCGUGCGGGGCCGCCCCGCGCUGCUCUAUACGCUGCGCUGCAGCCGUCUGCGCGGGCCCUACGGCGGCGAUGUGAGCUUCCCCGGGGGGAAACGGGAGGCGGCGGACGGCGGAGCGGAGGGCACCGCGCUGCGAGAGGCGCGGGAGGAGCUGGGGCUGAACCUGCGGGAGGAGAGAGUCUGGGGCCGGCUGCGAGAGCUGCCCGACAGGAACGGUGAUGAGGACAACGCUGGGACAUGGGGACAGUGUGGAAAUAUUCGGAAAAAUACAGAGAUGGCAAAGGAACGUGGGGAUGGAAGGGGCACAUGGGACGUGUCUGUGCUAGAGAGCGUUUUGAUGUUGAGCUCGGGGCUGGCAAUGCACGGGAUGCUUGUGGUCCCUGUGGUGGCCAACCUGGGACCCCUGGAGGACCUGACACUGUCCCCAAACCCUGACGAGGUGGCAGAGGUCUUCACACUGCCUCUGGAGCACCUCCUGCAGGAAGAGAACCAGGGCUACACCCAUUUCCGCACUGCGGGUCGCUACGGCUACACCCUCCCUGUCUUCCUCAACGGCCCCCACCGCAUUUGGGGGCUGACAGCCAUCAUCACUGAGCUGACGCUGGAGCUGCUGGCACCCAACUUGUACUGCAGAAAGACCCACGUGCCUGGCCAUGGCAUCACUGCUCCCCAAAAAAGGGCUUGAGCUGCAUAUUGAAGGAGCCAAGGCUCUGAGGGUGAGGGGUUUGGGGCUGGAAGGUUUUGGGGUGGAGGGUGGCAUGGUUUCACCACUGUCCCCUUCUCUGUGCCAUUGCACCCAUGGUCGAUGUUUCAUGUUGUGAUUUUAGUAAAAAGCCAUGUUUCAA